UUUGUCUCGCUCGAUCCGCGCGUUUUAGGUUUUCCCCGGGGUAUUCCAAAACUGCGAUUGGCUUUACUUCCGCAAAUACAUAAUUAUGCUAAAAUGCUACAAUACCACUGUGUUUUCAGGAUGACGUACAUGUUCCUCAGCAUUAUGAUUCCGAUACUGUAAACAAGUUUAUCAGAGCAGGAUACCUCAGAGCUCAGACUCGUUUAGCUAUAUGAUUGGCGAGGUUACAACUAUACACUACACAAAACAUACCAACCCCAAAGCAUAAACGACAUCGACCAUGUGGAGCAUAAGAUACAAGAAUUUGUUCUUCACGAUUGCCUUUGGCUGUUGGUGCUUCCAUCUUGUCAAGGCACAGCAGAGCACGCAUACUGACACACCGGAAGUGCUUCUCUGCGACGAGCUAUGCGAAUUCAGUGCAUGGGCAAUGCAUGCCUACUGCGGAGAGCGCAUGCUUGGUGACCUUCCCCUCCAGUGCCGAGAGGUAAAGACCCUUGAUGUCCGGUUGAACGAUAUCCACAGUCUGAGGAGUGGUCGUUUGUCAGAGUUUGAGAAUCUGAAGUACCUGUUCUUGGUCGGGAACAACAUGUCAGAAGUUGAGGACGGCGCCUUUGAAGGAUGUGAAGGGAUCGAGUUUUUGUCCUGGGGAGGAAAUAAUUUUACAAGGCUUACUCGGAACAAGUUUGUUGGGUUAACAAAUUUGAAACACAUGCUGAUGGAAAAUUCCAACAUCAGAGAAAUCGAGACGGAAGCUUUCAUAGAAACGCCACUCCUGAAGACGUUGGAUCUGUCUGGAAAUACUUUCAUCUCACCGCCCUGCGAUGUACUUCAUCCGCAGAAUGUGCUCACUGACUUGUCCCUGUCUGAUAACUUUAUCUCGAUCCUACCUGAACAGUGUUUCUCGAGGUUUCAGCAUCUGACGCGCUUGAAACUAAGCAAUAAUCCAAUACGUAUCAUCACGAACCUGUCUGCGUUCGAAGGUCUACGUUCUUUGAAAAAGUUGGAGAUUGACAACACGUCGCUGACAGCGUUAACAAACGGAUCUUUCCGCCAUAUCCAUACUGUGACUGAAUUCGUACUCUCAAGAAACCUGAUCAAAGUCCUGGAAGAGCGAGACUUUGCCACAUUGUCCGAAGUGGAGAUACUGCGCCUUGACCACAAUCAGAUCCACGCGAUCCACCAGCGAACCUUCGUCGAUCUUCAGAGCUUACGGCUGCUCGUCCUAUCCAACAAUAAUAUCAUGACGAUUGGACUCCACACUUUUAUUCCUGUAGAGACUACUUUAGAAGAACUGUAUCUUGAUAGUAACGAGCUACGAUCCAUCCAUAACAUCAGCGCUAGCAGCAUCCGCUCCUUAAAGAACCUAUCACUGGCGAGGAAUCCUCUGGAAUGCCAUUGCCAUCUUUCCACGUUCCGCCAUUCUACUUCCGGGAUGGAACAAGGUGGUGCCAGUGUCACUUGUAGAUUGGCUAAUGAACUCGAGGUAAACAUCUUUGAAACACGCUUAACAGCCACCCCAUGUCCUAAGCCAAAUCCGGGACAUGUCAAUCCUCUGGCAAGGAUAGAUCCCACCAAAAAACCUGUCGUGCCCAAGAAUGGUGAAACAACGGAACAGCUGGAAACCAACGAAUCGUCGAUGUUACAACAGCAUAUUUUCUACGUUCUUGUUGCUCUCAUGGUCUUGACUGCAUUAUUGGGAUGUGCCCUCCUGGCUUGGUGGAUUAUGAUGAUAAAAAUAAGGAAGGAAAACAAAGACAACAGUAAAUCGAGUGAGGAAAUCAACUAUGUAAAGGUUCCUUGUCAAACGGUGAUGUGGACCCUUUAUCUUCCAAGAACCCUAUUGGCUGUUGCAUUCGGAUGCUGGUGUUUCCAUCUUUCACGAGCGUGUACCACGACAUCUCGAUGCAGCGAGAUCUGUGAGUACAGCGACUGGGCCAAGCAUGCAGCCUGCGGGCGACGCUAUCUUGAAGACAUCCCUCAGGUGUGCUGUGGGGUCAAGUCCUUAGAUCUACGACAGAAUGACGUCCGGACUCUGCGAAAGGGAGCACUGAAAACCUUCACCAACCUCAAGUACAUUUACCUGGACAGGAACAACAUGUCUGUGGUCCGGAAGGGAGCGUUUCACGGAUGCUCCAAACUGGAGCAUCUAUCGAUGGGAGAGAAUAACUUCCGGGGUCUCACAAGACGCAUGCUAGAAGGGUUGGAGAAGGUCAAAUACCUUAUUAUAAGCCGAGGAAAGUUAAAGCGCAUAGAUCGAGGCACAUUCCUAGACACUCCAUCGCUCUUAACGCUUGACCUACAAGGAAACCAACUUUUGUCACCGCCAUGUGAAGCCCUUCCUGCAGGAAACAUCCUCAAGACGCUUUUCCUUUCUCGCAACCACAUUUCAGUCUUUCCCAGAUUGUGCUUCCAAAAUUUUACCGAACUCAAACGUCUGCAUUUGAAUGAUAAUCCAAUCGGCGACAUUACCAACAUCAAUGUCUUCCAGGGAUUAGAAUCCUUGGAGGAACUCAGUCUGAAGAAAGUUUCUCUCUCUGCGGUUCCUGUUGCCUUGUUCCGUGAUGUCAACACGUUGACCACACUCAUCAUGUCACACAACUUGAUCGAAUCCCUGCACGAGCGUGACUUCAUGGGCUUGCCGUACCUAACCACUCUCAACUUGGAAUCCAACCGAAUCGUCACUGUCCACGAGAAGGCCUUCAGUGGCCUGGACUUCCUUAAGUUCCUGGUCCUCUCGAACAACCGUAUCGUAUCCAUCGGCCAGGGUGCACUUCGGCCAGUCGAAGGAACACUUCACGACCUUCACCUCCAUGGCAAUACACUUCCUGAGAUCCAAAACAUCAGUUCAAGCUUUGCGUCAUUGGAGCGCAUCUUUAUUGCAGAUAACCCUCUGAUCUGUACCUGUCAACUCGCACCACUUCGUCAAUGGCUCCAACUGAACAGAGAUGUCCUGAGUUCAACAGAAGGAAAUGCAACAUGCACAAUACCUGACACUGAUCAAAACACUCCUGUUCUUGAAUCUAACCAGACAUACCCGUGUUUACAAACUACCCCAGGGACAUUUUUACUGCCUGAAGAAGAAAGAAGCACGGUUGAUUUUGAGGCAUCGACUUAUGGCAGUUUUCCUAAUAGCACCGGGGAUGUUCCAGAUUCAGACCUGCCUCGAAUGUUCCUGGUUACAUCAAGCACCAUUUUCGUUGUGCUGGUUAUGUUCAUGGUAGUCUUAUUAAUAGUUUGUUUCAAAGCGCGUCGGCGAACAAAACUAGAAAAGGACAGAGAAUCGGAUAGCAUCUAUGCCACUGUGGAUGAUAACUCCGUUGAAGAAAUCCCACCACGUCUGUACAAUUUAAGAAUUUCCUACAACCCUGUCUAUUCAACUCGCAUUCGAAAUCAAAAUGGCCGAAGUUGUAGCACUUCGUGUUCUUUGUGUAAUGGCUCUAGGGGACUGUCUUCUCUUUCUCCGUUUCCUCCAAUUCCAAACUCUCAAAGAAAUCCAACAGUUCCAAGUGGUUCCUGCAGAAACAAAGAACACACCAACUAUGACAACCCGACCAAUCAAAGACUGGCAAUUGCCUCCCAUAGUCAGUGUGGUCAUGGGACAGACGAAUCAAGGAAUAUUUGGGCAGAAAGUGUUUCUAAUGCAGAUAAUGAUGAAUACCUGAUUAAAAACGAUGUCUUAAUAUCAUCAAACGAAGUCACAACUAAAAGCAAGGGCCCUAACCAAGUAAGCUUCAGUGGUGACUCUGGUACGAAUGGAAUAAAUGCCAGGAAGAACAUUCGCGGUGGGGAGGAUGGUUUUACACCGAAGGGCGAAAAAUCGGCAGAUGGCGUUGAUGAUGGAGGUUAUUUGGUCGCAGAGACCUCAUUCCAAGUGCCUUUAUUUGAUCAUAGUCGUGGCUUGUCGCAUGAUGAUGCGAUAAACAAUUCUCGUGAGAAAAUUCUGGCUGGACCAGUAAAUACCAUAUGGACCCGGGUGUCGACGAAACGGAGCAUCAAGAGUGAUCACAGAAACUAUUUACAACAGUCCUACAUUGGGAAAGUAGUCCUGCGUCCUAUUGAUCCGACGCUGGGAGGAAACUAG